AGCCCUGUCGGCCCGUGCCGUGCCGUGCCGGAUCGGGCGGAGCCAGGCCGGGCCAUGGCCCCGGCGGCGGCAGCCCAAGCCUAGCGCGGCGGGGAUGCGGCGGGGCCGCGGGAGCGACCGGCGCGAGGCAGUGCUGGGAUGGAGCCACCAAGGGGUUCUCAGCCAGCUCAACCCACCCACCCCCUCCCUGCUGCUGCCGGACCAGAGCUGGCUGCCUUCCUCUGAGGCCAUCUGAAGGGGAGCUGGCAGAAGAGUCGCUUUUAAGAUGACACGAACAGACCCACCUGACAUCCUGGUGUCUACGGUGUACCAAGACAUAAAGGUGGCCAGUGCAGCUCCCAAGGAUUUGAUUGUCUGCCAGCCCCUGGCACGAUGUGACGCCUCCAUGUCCUUGUCCCUGCCCCGCGAGCCGCAGCCCUUCAACAAGCGCCACUGCAGGAGCUUUGACUUCCUCGAGUCGCUGGACGAGCAGCUGGGCACCCCCCCGGCCAUGGAGCGGCCAUGUCUGCGCCCCGGCACCCCCGAGCCCACGCCAGGGCCGCCAGGCCGGCAGGCACCCCCAAAACCAGACCCCUACGCCAGCCGAGCCCCGCUGCCUCGGAGCGAGCCCAAGCGCCGGGCCCGCUCGAAGAGCGCGCCGCGGGUGAAGCCCACCUUCACCACCGUGCCCAUCGCCGUCUCGGCAUCGCCACCGCCGGCGCGGCGCGGGCGGGAGGUGCUGCGGGUGGCGCGGGAGGCCUCCCGGCCCGAGCCCUCACCGCGCCGGGAUGGACAGGUCCCACUGCGGGUGCUGGCUAACGAGGUGCACCCCAUCAAGCUGCAACCGCAGCGCAGCAGCGUCAGCCGCAUCUCCCCACUCUGCCUGGGCAGCAACUGCCUGGAGGAGGGACAAGGUGCCAAGGUGGGCGCCAGCCCCCACGUCAAGUGCCGGGUGGACAUCAAGCCAGACGAGGCGGUGCUGGUGCACGCGGCACGCAGCCUGCGGGCAGCCCCCAGCCGGCAGGAACCCCCACGGUGGUGCCGCGCCCCCGGGGCUGCCCGCGGAGGCCUGGCCGUGCCGGGGAGCAGGCAGGGCUCAGCCUCCCGCACACCCACCCCCAGCGACUCCUACAGCGGGGACCCCCCCCUCCUGCCCUACCCCAGCAACUACUAUGAGGCAGACCCCCGGGCGCUGGCGUACCAGACGGUGCCGGUGCCGGCCUCGCGGGAGUUCCGGGAGUACCCUGAGCGGGGCUGCAUGACCUUCUCGGCUCCUGGAGUCCCUGCCAAGUUCUUCUACAUGGAGGAGCCAGCACGAUGCCCCAGCCCAGCCAUGCCCCUCCGCAGCUCUGGCUACGCCAGCUACCCCUACCCCGGCCGCCAUGGCGUCCCCCAGCACUUUUAUGCCGAGGACCCGGCCAAAGCCGCUGUCCACACGGUGCCACCCCGAACAUUGUAUGUGGAGGAGGCACGGGGGUACCCAGUGCAGGAGGCACCUGCCUGUGCCUUCUACGGGGACGAGCCCCGCUUCUACGCCCCCCGCAGCACCCCUAUCAAAACCCUCUAUGCCGAGGAUGCCCGGACGUACCCGGCCCUCGGCUCCUCCGCCCGGCUAUUCUAUGCCGAAGACUACGGGAGGUACCAGGAGCGGGAGGUGCUGUCACGGACGUGCCCCCCACCCCGCAGUGCCCAGCCCUUGCACUUCAGGGAGUGGUUCUGCCCUGAGAGGGGUGCACUGCCCUACCAGACCUUGCAGGUGUCCCGCUUUGCCCCGCAGCCAGCUGGCCGGGAGGCCAUGCUCUCCUCCUGGCACGGCAGCUACAGUGUCACCCCGCCACGGCUGGGCAGGGAGAGCCAGCACUACUCCAAAUCCUGGGAUAACAUCCUGGCGCCAGCAGGUCACAGGGAGGAGGCCCUGCAGCGCGGGCGCAGCUAUGAGAACCUGCUGGCCCAGGAGCAGCACCGUGCCUUAUCCCCUGAGGAGCGCCGGCAGCCGGUGGUCAUCAACCUAUCGAGCUCCCCCAAGCGCUACGCCGCUCUGUCCCUCUCAGAGAGCUCCAUCCUUGAGAGGGUCCACAGCGAUGGUGGCCGUGGUCCCCCGGGCCGCUCCUGGUACGUCACUCCAGAGAUCACCAUCACUGACAAUGACAUCCGUGCUGAAGGGCUGGGCCGGAGCGAGAGGCGCUCAGCCAGCUGGGACAUGCUGGACACAGGGCGAGAGUGUGGUCCCUAUGCCGUGCCCUGCGCCCCACAGCCCAUCCCCAGGGAGAGCGGCUCAGGGCGCCAGCGCAGCCUGGAGCAGCUGGACGAGCUCAUCACUGACCUGGUGAUUGACUAUAAGCCAGCACCAGGCCACCGUGCCAGGGACAGGGACAGCCUUGCCGAGCAGCUCAAGCAGCUUCUGAGCAGCAGCAGCAACACCGCAGGGCCCCCCCGAAAGGGUGAGGGCAGGAAGGUCCCCCUCAGUGUGCCCAAGGGACCCCGACCUACGAAGGAGCAGCCGGGUCCCAGCUCCCGCGAUAGUGCCCCGCGCCCUCCACCAGCCCCACUGUCCGUUGGCCCCUUUGAGAAGUCACCAGAGAACUGCUCGCCUGACCUGAGCGCGGAGGAAGACGACAUGAUGAUGUGUUCGAAUGCCAAGUGCCGGCGGACAGAGACCAUGUUCAACGCCUGCCUCUACUUCAAGUCAUGCCACAGCUGCUACACCUACUACUGCUCCCGGCACUGCCGCCGGGAGGACUGGGACACGCACAAGGAGAGCUGUGUCUACGGGCGUGUGGGCAGCGUCUGCCGCCACGUCCUGCAGUUCUGCCGGGAGAACACGGAGGUGCACAAGGCCUUCUCACGCAUUGCCAAGGUGGGCUACCUCUCCCGCGGCCGCGGUGUCCUCUUCCUGGGCUUCCCCAAUGCUGGCUCAGCUGAGAACUUCCUGCAGUUUGGGCUGGAGAGCCUGCUGAUGUCCCCUACCUACCUGUCCCUGCGGGAGCUUGACAGCUACUCGGACAACCUGGGGGAGUACGCUCAGGAACUGCGGGAGACGGGCAACCAGUACGACCCCAACGAAUGUUUCCUGCUGAAUGUAACUGUGGCUGUCACCCAAAAAGUGCCGGAGAGGCCGUCGCCGAAGGCGCAGGUGCCAACGGUCAGGAAAUAUGCCAAGGUGGCCUUAGCCUCCUCCAGCCCUGAGAAGAAGAUCUUGAAGAAGGAGCGGGACAUGGAGACGUUGAUCCUGACUCCGCCGCCUGGCACAGCAGACAUCGACAAGGAGGGGGAGGAGGGCCGCAAGGCACGGGAGGUCUGCUUCAUCAACAUCCAGCGGGAGCUACGCAUCCGCGGCGUCUUCCUGCGGCACGAGUUCCCCGCCGUCUAUGAGCAGCUCUGCGACUUCGUGGAGAGCAACAAGCGCUUCACCCCCACCACCAUCUACCCCAUCGACAAGAGGACGGGCAAACAGUUCAUGUGCAUGAUCAUGGCAGCUUCCGAGCCCCGCACCCUCGACUGGGUGGCCAGCCCCAACCUCCUGGACGACAUCAUGUGAACACGGGGUGGGACUGCCCCCCAGCACCCCCGGGUCACCCCACUUUGUAGAUAGGUGUUGUCCCAUUGGAUGCGGCAGCGAGGGGAGGAGGCUGCCGUGGGCUGCAGGCAGCCGGUGUCGGCUGUGGGGGCAGG